GUCGUGGAAACAAAUGACAACAAACACAUUUGAUUCGUCAGGACGCUCCGCAGUCGUCUAUACGCGACGAUUGUAAGUUAUUCGAACACACCAUGCGUCCUUUGAGGUUUGAAAUCAAAUGGAAAAAAGUUGUUGUGGGUUGUGCUCAGAGGCGUAUCAGACGUAUUUUGAUUUAUGCGUAAAGAAAUUCCUCAAUUGCGAAUCGUAUUGGUAUGCUGUCACAAAUAUAUUGAGAUAGGCAAGUGUGCAGAUGUCGCCGCUAUCGGUGGCGUCGGCCGGCUGUCGGCAGCUGGCCGCGGCCGUGGACGGGCUGGGCUCGCUGGUCGCCCUGGUGCUGCGGCUCAACAAUGCGCUGGCGGCCCGGCUGGUGGCGGCGCUGGCCGUGCUCGCCGACGGCCUGCUGCUGGUGCUCGCCCGGCUGCGGGACGCCGCCGGUAUCCUGCUGGCCGACCUCGCCGCCUUCGUGGCCGACAUCGGUGACGCGGUGACGGUGCUGGCCGAACUGACGGCGGCUGCGGUGACGGAGCUGGCGCUCGCCGUCGGGCGGGUGUUCACUGCGCUCGGGGAUGGAGUCGGCGCGGUGCUCGGUGCUGUCCUGGGGCUGGUCCGCGCCGUGCUGGGGGCGGUCUCGGCCGUGUGGGCCGCCGUGUCCGGUUUGGUCGUCACCGGCGUCCGCAGUGUGGUGCUGCUGUACCACACCACCAUCUACCUGCUGACGAUGGUGCCGUACGGACUGGUGGCCGGCGUGGUGCGCUGCUUCACUCUGCUGGAGAGCAUGCUGGUAGGGCUGCUGUGCCGGUGCCUGGCGGUGUGCGCCGGCGCGGCGGACGCCAUAUGGCGCGCGGUGCUCGGUGUGGUGGACGGCGCGCGCGCCGUGCCGCUGGCAGCCGUGCUGGGCGCCGCGCUGCUCGUGCUGGCGCUGCUGGCCGUCCGGCGGCUGGCGCGGCUGGUCUCCGCGCGCGGACCGCCGCUGGUACAGCUGCGCCACACCGCCGGCCGACUGGUGACCGCCGGCCGGCGCGUCUCGGCCGCGGCCAGUGUCCGAGCGUGGCGCGGCACCCGCCCGCUGGCGGAGCGCCUGGUGCGCGCGGCCGACAGAGGCACGCGAGGGGCGUCGGACGGGCUGCGCGCGGCGGCCGCCGUCUGCCGCCUCUCUGUGGCUGUGUUACUCGCAGCGGCUGAGAUCGUCACCCGAGGGGUGCACGCGUUCUUUCAGAAUGUGACGCUGGGACUUCGGCUGGGGGUGGCCGGCGGACAGCAGGCUGUCGCCCCGGCCGCGGAGCUGGAGCCACGGGAGCAGGCGGAACUGGAGCGACAGGAGCGGGACUGGGAGCUCGAGCGGCAGGACUGGGAGCAGCAGGAGCAGGACUGGGAGCAGGAGCGGCAGGACUGGGAGCUGGAGCGUGCCACCCCGCCGCCGGUUGUGGCGCCGCGCCGCCGGCUCCGGCAGAAGGCCGGCUGCAGCUCUCCGUCCCGCCGGCCGGCCGCCGACCCGUCCCGCGCCUGUGUCGUCUGCCUGGACCAGGACAAGUCGGUGAUUCUGCUGCCGUGCCGACACGUGUGUCUGUGCGAGCCGUGCGGCCGGCAGGUCGGUGCCGGCGACCGCCGGUGUCCCAUGUGCAGGGAGUUCAUCCAGGAUGCGCUCAAAGUGUACAUCUGAACGAGGGUAGCAAGAGCAUUGUGGAACAGUGUUGUCAGGGCUUUCGCUAUCGUGUGUUGAGGAGAGACAGUACAAAUGGCUUUUAGAGUAAUACCUACUUGAUACAUAUUUCAAUUCAGGGUAUUCAAUUCAGGGUAUUAGUGGACUGAGAUACCUACGAAUUGAAAUAGUAUCGAAGUCGAAAUAACGAACUACGUGCCGGUGCAGGUGUCUGGUGGCCAGAAUGGAGAGGUGAAAAAGUUAAUCUCGAAUAGGCUGACAUUGGGUAUUAAUCAUCAGUGUUAAAUAGUUCAUGGUUUUGCGAAGUCAUGUCACUGCCUUCCAUAUGUGCGGGGACCUAGUCCGAUGUUCGUUGUUGCAGCAUAUUCUGAUGAAGUUGUGAUGAUGCUAACGCUGACUGAUGGUUUUAGGACGAUCGUCCGAAUGGUACUGUUUGUCCGAGUGUUUCAUGAUUCGAGACGCAACCAUCGGCAAGUUACAUGUCGAAAAACAUUGAUACGUUUUUAAUAAAAUGCAUGUUGUUCGCGUGCAAAUGGUUCAUUCCGUAACUCGGUUACCAAACCAGAAUGUAAGCCAGUGUCACUAAGGGCCACCUAUCAAAACUUCCAUG